GCUCAUUAUCCAGCCCAUAUAUGACACCAACACCAACAGAAGAAGAGAUUCCCGGUCAACCACCACCCAGUAAAACCAAGAAUAGUAGCAACUUCUUCGUACGAGUUGCAACUAUAGACGACGUCAAGCACGCACCUAAAAUGACUUCCAUUAUUAACUCUGCUUAUAAAUCAGAUGAUGGCUGGACAUCAAACAAAAACAUCAUAAAAGGCGAUCGUACUACGCUCCAAAACAUUUAUGCUUGCCUUCGUAGAAGUGAUGAAACCUCGUCAGCAUUCAUGUGCGCCUUUACGAAACGUGAUCCGUCGAGCGACAGCAGUAAAAAGGCAGAUGAAACAGCGGUUGGCACUGUAAUGAUUGAUCCAAUGACAGACAGUAAUGGCAACGACCACUAUUGUAUUUUCGAAUUAUUUGCUGUAAAUCCUGCCGACCAGAGUAAAAGUGUUGGUGCGCAGAUAAUGUACGCAGCAAUGGCUCAAGCAAAGAAGAUGGGUUACGAAGCAGCCUUCUUAAAGAUAUUGGACAAGAAAACAAAGUUACGUUCCUGGGUUAGAAUUUAAUCUGUCCUCCAAAUGGCAACGAAAUAAUGUUUGCAUCAAAAUAUGCUGCCUACGACCGUCUUUCUCCAUUUAUGCAAAAUUUCGUG